AUGUUCCAUAAACAAAAAUUUCCAAAUGUUGAUAUAUCAAUUUCUAAAUCACCAAAUCCUGUUACUCAAGGUUAUCAUGUUUUAAUUGAAGGUUAUGAUCCUGAAGUUAUUUCCACUAUAAUUACGUCAAAGUACACAAGUGAGGUGAAUGAUAAAUUCAAGAUAAGACGUCCCUAUAACCACCCACCAAUUCCAAAACCGGAUAGAGUUAAUGGAAUAGCAUCAAUUGUUGAGAAAAGUAAUGAAUCACAAUCUACAAAUCAAUCUUCUAAAUCUGUUCUUCAAGAUAUCACAGAAACAGAAGAUGAAAUUAAAUAUGCCCACAUUAAGUUAACUAGAAAAGAAGUUACCUACAUCAUUGGAAGAGGGGGUACUAAGAUUGAGUAUCUUAGGAAAACUAGUCAAGCAACCAUUAAGAUUAUACCAUUAAAUAGCCUUAUGAAUCAAGAUACAUUGAUUGGUAAAACUUUAUUACAAUACAUCAGAAUUAGUGGUACAGCUCAUCAGAUCAAGACAGCUAAGAGACUUAUUGAAGAUGAGAUCUACCAGUUCCGUCUAGGUGGAAUAACCUUUUAUCAAUGA